CAGGCAGGCAGGCCGGCAGGCGAGCGAGCGAGCGGACGGAGUACGCCAGGUAGUGCCCCCGCUGCGCCGCCCUCCCUCCUUUGCUCGCCCCGCCUGCCUUAGCCCAGCUCGGGAGGGCGGAAGGACUGAGGUUACAAUGAGGAGCCUGCUGCCCGCCGGGAGAGACUGAGGAGGCUGGAUUUACUGCGAGAAGGGUGGGAAGAAGCCCCAGAAAUGAACGGGGACGGACACCCCGGCGGAAGUCUGUGAGCAGCAGAGCGCCGGGCGUCCCAGCAGCUUGAGGUUUUGAGGCCACAGAACCUUUGUGCAUAAGAAGGACCUAAGCCCAGAGAUGGAAUUUUGGUUUGCCUUCCUCUUCUUGGGGAUUUUCUCAAUGUCUGAUUCUGCCCGAGGUCCUCCGAGGAUCUCCGACCGUGUGGCUCCCAGGCAGUCGGCAAGGCUGGGGAGGACCGUCAAACUCCUGUGCCCUGUGGAAGGGGACCCACCCCCCCUCACCAUGUGGACUAAGGAUGGGCGAACCAUCCACAGUGGCUGGGCCCGUUUUCGGGUCCUCCCCCAGGGCUUGAAGAUCAAGGAAGUGGAACGAGGGGACGCUGGUACCUAUGUAUGCAAGGCCACCAAUGGCUUCGGCAGCCUGAGUGUCAAUUACACGCUCAUUGUGAUGGAUGAUGUCACCGUGGGGAAAGAGAGCCCAGGACCGGAAGGCCCCAAUGGUGAUCAGGAAGACGCAUCAGGCAAACAAUGGGCCCGACCUCGAUUCACACAGCCCUCCAAGAUGCGGCGGAGGGUGAUUGCUCGGCCUGUGGGCAGCUCUGUACGGCUCAAGUGUGUGGCCAGUGGCCACCCACGGCCAGACAUCAUGUGGUUGAAGGAUGACAAGACCUUGACACCCCAGGAGGUUGGUGAGAACAAGAAGAAGAAGUGGACACUCAACCUGAAGAACCUGAAACCUGAGGACAGUGGAAAGUACACGUGCCGUGUCUUUAACCGUGCUGGGGAGAUCAACGCCACCUACAAAGUGGAAGUCAUCCAGCGGACCCGCUCCAAGCCCAUCCUCACUGGCACUCACCCAGUGAACACGACCGUGGAUUUUGGUGGGACGACCUCCUUUCAGUGCAAGGUGCGCAGCGACGUGAAGCCGGUGAUUCAGUGGCUUAAGCGGGUGGAGUACGGCACAGAGAGCAAGUACAACUCCACCAUUGACGUUGGCGGCCAGAAGUUUGUGGUGCUCCCUACUGGUGACGUGUGGUCCCGGCCCGACGGCUCCUACCUCAAUAAGCUCAUGAUCACCCGUGCCCGGCAGGAGGACGCAGGCAUGUACAUCUGCCUGGGAGCCAACACUAUGGGCUACAGCUUCCGAAGUGCCUUCCUCACUGUGCUGCCAGAUCCCAAGCCCCCCAGUGGCCCCGCAGCUCCUUCAUCAACCAGCAGUCUGCCUUGGCCAGUGGUGAUUGGGAUCCCAGCCGGCGCUGUCUUCAUCUUGGGCACUGUGUUGCUGUGGCUGUGUCAGACCAAGAAGAAGCCAUGUUCCCCACCCCCAGCAGCAUCAGGCCACCGGCCACCCCCCCGGGACCGAGCUGGCUUGGCUGCCAUGCCAGACAAGGACUGCCUGACCUCAGGACACUACGAAGAUUAUGGGGUGGGAGGUCAGCCCCAGCUGCCCCCACCAGCACAGCAGCACCUGCUGGGCCAAGGCCCAGGACCCACCACCAAGCUGUACCCUAAGCUCUAUACAGACAUCCACACCCAUACGCAUACCCACUCCCACUCCCAUGUAGAGGGCAAAGUUCACCAGCACAUACAUUACCAGUGCUAGGUGGUGUGGGCUGAGGCAGUGGGCAUUCAAUAGCCUGGCUCUACAUAGCGGCAGGUGGGUAAGCAAGGCCCCUUUGUGGGGGGUCCUCCUGCCGGAACCCAUACAGACCCCUCAUGGGCAGGAGGUACAGAGAGACAGAGCCACAGAGAUGUGGAGGGAUGCCGAGGGAGCUGAUGUGGAGAGACUGACGCAGACGCAACUUCCAAGACAGAGAUCUGAAGAGACACCAAGAGCUCCAGAAACAGACGUAGACGGAACCUCAGAAAGAGAGAAUCUAUAUAAAGAGUUCUAUUUUUUUGUGACGUUGCAGUGAAUCUAUAGUGAUGGAAUAAUGAAGGAUCAUCCUCCCCCUGCCCCUGCUCUUGUCCCAAGGCAAUUAUCCUUGAUCGAUGCUUUAUUCAUACCCCCGACCCCCAGCUCAAACCCCCUCUCCAUCGCCCCAGAAGUGGUGGCUGCUUUGUCAGAAGGUUCUUGGCUUUAAAGAAACAAAAGAUGUCCCCCACCCCACCCCUUCAUCCCCACCCUGUUCCAUGGCCAAAGUUGCAGCGAUAAAGAGGGGGGUUGGUCCCCUGCAUGGAGCAAUGCACCCUGUCCUGUGCUGGGGCCAGACAGGGAGGAGAGGAAAGGCCUGUUUGGUGCCUGGGGUGGGGUGAGGUAGUGGGGGGUGGGGAGUCCUGGGAAAGGCCGGUGGACUGUGGACUCUCUGCUAGCCCCUGACAGCACCAUCAUCCACUGGGCUCUCCAGACCUCCCCUUCCCCUCCUCCCCCCAAUCCCUUUUGCUAUUUAUAUUUAAGAAAUUAAGAGAAUAAUAAUAAUAUUAAUAAUAAUAAUAAAAAGGAGAGCCUUCUUGAGAGUGGGCAAGGGCCCUCCAGGGUCAGCAGCACCGACUUCAGUGCAUGCCUUGAGGAAUGGCCAUUCAGCCUAGAGAUCGAUCCAAGAAGGGUAGCCCUGGGCGGCCCAUCUGGGGCCAAAGCUGAGCCCUCGAGAGACGCUGGGGCCUGCUUGCCCACCUCUGCUCUAGGCUGCAGCUGGUCGUUAAUACAAAGGAAGGUCCCUGCUCAGCCUAGAGCGGGUCUGAGCAGGGGCCGUGUAUCUUUAAUUUAUUUUGUUUAACGUGGUCAAAAGAAGGACAUGCUAGACGACAUGGGCAAGCCACCCCCCCCCAAGGGGAUGCUGCUGAAGUCAAGGCAGGGACUCUGCCAUCUACCAGGGUCCCCAGGCUAUAUCCCAUCUCCCAGCAAGGUCGGAGUCCAGACCCCAAAGAGAGAGAAGGCUUCUUCCUUCCCCUCCCCCCUUCUGAGCCGCGCUGCUACCUUCCCCCAACACCUUCUCAUCUAUCGACUUCUUUGCUCCUCAGAGCACCCCGUGUCAGGUAGGUAUUAAUCUCUCCAUUUUACAGGCAAGGCAGUGGAGGCCCCGAGCGGGAGCGAGGUCACAUAGAGUCUGCUGGUUGCAGGAACCUUGGAACCAGGCCUCGCGGUCCAGGCUUUUUCCACAGUGUCAAAAAAUGUAUAAGAACAAGAAAAGUAGAUGUGACCUCAGCUCGUUCUGAUGGUGCCUCCACUUCCUGUUGACCUCAGCCUCCCCACCCCCCUCACUGCCCUGCUCCAGGCUUCAGGAUGGUGCUGCUAAAACUGACUUAAGCAUCUGAACCCUUGAAAAGAGACAGGCUUGGGGGUAGGAGGUUGAGGUGGGAGGGGAAAGUUGAGAUCAUGGGAGAUGGGGGAGGGGGGAAAUAAGUCUUUUUAAUCCAAAAUAUUUCAAGAAAAGAGAAUGUAUCAGGAGGCUUAAGCCGGCAAGGGGUGUCCAGGAAGCCCUCCCCAUAGCCACGGACAGCUCAGGCAGGUCUCGCUUGCCCUUAGUCCAGGCCAUGAGGGGAGCCCACAGGACAGACAGAGCUUGGUCUGAUCAUCAGCUACCCUUAGCCUCCACUGGCCAAUCUGUUGCACCCUAAACAUGAAGUUAAAACGAGUUUGUAUGUGUAUGUGUGUGUGUACGUGUGUGUAUCCAUGUCUGUGUGUGUGUGUAAGUCCCACCAUCCGUGUCGAGACAAUCGUGUACAGUUGGCCCCUUCCUGUUCGAUGAAAGCUUUAUUGAACAUUUAUCAAUAAAUGCGUGAAGCUA